UAAAUGAUUGUCUGGUCCGUUUGAGCGUAACAAAAUAUUUGGUUCAUUUUCAAUCAAGCACGAAAGAAAAUCAUGAGUACAAUUAUAAGAUAUUGAAAUAUAAAAUGCUAUUACAAAUGAAUAAAUAUGGAAGAAGCUAGUUAUGAAAUAGUAAUACAGAAAUGUUAAAUCAGUGUGACGGUAUUUUGACGUCAAAAUGUGUAUUAACAAAGUUACAUUUCUUUUAUUAUGGACUUUAUUACUGUGUGCUUCGUCUGAACACAUUAAAGGCCAAUUUUCUACACAAGAAUUUUUCAAGUUCCUAGUGAAAUUUGGAUUCCAAAAGACAGAUAUUCAUUUUCAAAAGGAAACAUAUGGAUAUAUUUUUGGAAACAUUACAUCCAAUCAACAGUUUAAGUAUCCUAUCACGUUUGCAGUAUUAGACAGAAGACACUUUAUUCAUUAUUAUAAAAAUCGUGAUAUAAUUGACAAGGAAACAGCUUGCCAGGUUAUGUUUCAAAAUUUAAACUCAUCUGCUUAUCAUCCAAAAUGUAAUACAUGCGGCCAAGAUUUAUUUCGUCGUAUUCCUUGCCCUGAAGGUAAAUUGUGUAUUGAUGAAGAUACACCUUGGAAUGUUAUCAAAACCAAUCAAUUCACUUAUGUUAUACAAAAUACAGGACAGCCUAGGUUUUGGUAUAUAUCUAUGGUGUCAUGUUACUUAGAUGAAGUGACAUGUUCAUGGCAUCAUUACACUGGAGCCCCUUCUGCGGACAAUAAGACGUUAACACAUGUCCCACAGGAUAUACAGUAUGAUUUCUGGCUUGUUAACGGAAGUCCCAAUAUUUCGUUGUACAAUACAUUGGUUUAUCAAUUUUCAUUUGAUAGACAAAAUACCCUUGAGUUAUAUCUGCUAUUCUGGCUAUGCUAUAUAAUACUCCUGCCUGUCCAGAUUUAUGCUGUGAGGACACAGAGACAUCCAGUAACAAAACUGUUUACAUGCAGCCUUUUAUUGGAGUUUAUUGCUCUGUGUUUUAAUGUAUUGCACACAGCAAAAUUUGCUAUUGAUGGCAUUGGUUUUGAGGGUCUCGCUGUAGCCGGUGAUAUUAUAGAUAUUAUGAGUAGAACUCUGUUCAUGUUAUUACUCCUCCUGUUAGCCAAAGGCUGGGCAGUUACAAGAUUAGAACUGACAUACAAACCUCUUGUUUUUGGUGUUUGGCUGGCAUAUGGGAUAGUCAAUAUUCUGCUUUAUGUAUGGAAUACAACGGAAGUUGAUAUAAUUGAAGAGAUAGAUGAAUACCAGACAUGGCCGGGCUGGUUGGUUCUCACUCUGAGGGUCGCCAUCAUGGUGUGGUUUAUUCUAGAGCUUCGUAACACUAUGAUAUACGAGCACAAUAUAACGAAGCUCAAUUUCCUAUUGCAUUUCGGCGCGUCCAGCCUCGUCUGGUUUGUGUACUUACCGAUCAUUGCAUUGAUUGCUCUGCAAAUUAGUCCUCUGUGGAGGUUUAAGUUCUUAUUAGGUAUAACAUACUCUGCCGACUGCCUGGCGUACUGCGUGAUGGCGCAUCUGUUGUGGCCGACGCGCUCCGAACAGUACUUACUACUAACUUCUUCAGAUUUUACAGCAAAUGUAGAGGAGUUGGAUGAAUUUGAUGAGUCUCCUCACGUGGUGCACAGUGACACUAUCGCACUCACCACCGCGGAGAGUAUAAACGCGGACGACGAAGACGUUAUAUUCACGCGACCUCUAAAGAACGGAGCGACUUUCUCAAAUCAUUUAGGAUAGAGUUACUUUUAACUAUCAAGUUUAGUAUCGAGCAACUUUAUGACUUAAACUUGAGUACAGUUAAGUUGUGAAAUUAAGUUGGUCCUUCGUGAUGUGCCACUUUUAUGAGAUUUUUAUAUACUUGUUUGUGAAUGGUGAAUAAUUGUGGCUGUCCUUUUAUUCCUUUCAUACUUUGUUAAUGUGCAACUUUAAGUCUUUGUGUAAGAAUACGUUUUGUAAAUUUUAUU